GAGGACACCGGGAGCCGCCGGCGACGGAGAGCUGCGGAGGGAGGCCGCCGCCGCCGGCGUCUAGACUCUAGCGGAGGCACUGCCAUCGCUGGGGGGGAGCUGCAGCGUUGCCUCGAGGGGAAGAGCGGUGACGACCGCCGGCGCCUGGAGGGAGUGGAGGACAUGCCGCGGGGGCCAUGGCCGGCGCCUCGCACCGUCAGGCAAGCCGCCGAGCUCCACGCCCUCCUCACCACCUCCGGCGGCAUCCUCUACCGGCCGUACGCUCACCACCUCCUCAACUCCGCCGUGAACUGCCUCCUCCCGUCCGAGCCGCUCCACCUCCGGUACGCGCUCCACGUGUUCGACCGAUUGCCCGCCUCCACCUUCCUCCUCGGCACCGCCCUCCGCGCCUGCUUCCGCGCCGGCUCCUCGUCAUGGGGAGAUCCCGACCGCCCCUUCCUCCUCUUCCGCCGGACGCGCCGGGCGGGCGUCCGCCCCGAUGCCUUCGCGUUCCACUUCCUCUUCAAGUGUUCCUCCUCCCGCCCCCACGCCCUCCUGUGCACGAUGCUGCACGCCGCCUGCCUGCGGACCAUGCUACCGUCUGCCGCGCCGUUCGUCGCGCAUUCUCUCAUCCAUAUGUACGUUGAGCUUGGGCUCGCUGGCGAUGCUCGACGGGCUUUUGAUGAGAUCACUGUGAAGGACGCGGUUGCCUGGACAAUGGUGAUCAGUGGGCUGGCCAAAAUGGGCAUGCUCGGCGACGCGCAGCUCCUUCUGUCUCAGGCUCCAGUGAGGGAUGUGAUCUCAUGGACAAGUUUGAUUGCUGCCUACACUCGUGCUAAUCGGGCCAACGAAGCUGUUGGUUGCUUCAAGAGCAUGCUUUCUGAAGGAAUUGCACCGGAUGAGGUUACCGUCAUUGGCGUGCUCUCAGCAUGCGCACAGCUCAAGGAUUUGGAACUGGGCCAUUCCCUGCAUUUGCUUAUCAAGGAGAAGGGGAUGUUGAUGGAUGAAAAUCUUGUGGUUGCACUCAUCAACAUGUAUGCCAAGUGUGGUGACUUUGUUCAUGCACAGCAGGUUUUUGAUGCUAUGGGUAGAGGCCCAAGGCCUCAUUCAUGGAAUGCCAUCAUUGAUGGAUACUGCAAGCAUGGACAUAUUGAUGUUGCACGGUCUCUGUUUGAUCAAAUGGAGGUCUGUGAUCUCAUCACAUUCAACUCAAUGAUGACUGGGUACAUCCACAGUGGCCAGCUUAGAGAAGCAUUGCUAUUGUUCAUGAACAUGAGGAGACAUGACCUGCGUGUUGACAGCUUUACAGUGGUGUGUCUUCUAACUGCUUGCGCAAGCUUAGGUGCAUUACCACAGGGCAGGGCAUUGCAUGCUUUCAUUGAGCAGAGGCUGGUGGAAGCAGAUAUAUACCUUGGUACUGCACUGCUGGACAUGUAUAUGAAAUGUGGGAGGGUCGACGAGGCAACCAUUGUUUUCCAACGGAUGGGCAAGAGAGAUGUUCACACAUGGACUGCUAUGAUUUCAGGUCUUGCAUUCAAUGGGAUGGGUAAGGCUGCUCUGGAGCAUUUCUACCAGAUGAGGCGUGAUGCCGUCCAGCCUAAUUCAGUUACCUACAUUGCUGUUCUGACUGCAUGCAGCCACUCAUGCCUAUUGAGCGAAGGCCGUCUGUACUUUGAUGAAAUGAGAAUCUUGUACAACAUACAUCCUCACAUUGGGCACUAUGGCUGCAUGAUUGAUUUGCUGGGACGCAGUGGGCAUUUGGAUGAAGCAAUGGAUCUUGUUAAUACCAUGCCAAUACAACCAAAUGCUGUCAUAUGGGCCUCCAUUUUGAGUGCUUGCAGAGUCCACAAACACAUUGACUUGGCUCAAUGUGCCGCAGAGCAUCUCCUGAAGCUAGAACCUGAUGAGGAUGGUGUCUAUGUCCAGUUAUAUAACAUAUACAUAGACUCUAGACAAUGGGAAAAUGCAUCAAAGAUAAGGAUGUUGAUGGAAGAAAGGCAAGUUAAGAAGACUGCAGGUUAUAGUGCUAUUACUGUGGCUGGGCAGGUGCACAAAUUUGUUGUUAGUGAUAAAUCACAUCCACGGAUAUUGGAAAUCAUUGCAAUGCUGGAGGAGAUCUCACACAGGUUAAAGUCAGUGGGUUAUUCACCGCUUACAUCACAGAUAACAGUGGAUGUCGAUGAGGAAGAGAAAGAACAAACGCUGCUGGGACACAGUGAGAAGCUGGCCAUUGCUUUUGGCCUCAUUAGUCUAGCACCAAACUUGCCAGUUCAUAUCAUAAAGAAUCUGAGGGUAUGUGAGGAUUGCCACUCUGCAAUCAAGUUGAUUUCCAGGCUUUGGAACCGUGAAAUCAUAGUCAGAGACCGGAGUAGGUUCCACCACUUCAGAGAGGGAAAAUGUUCUUGCGACGAUUUCUGGUAAUGCCAUUUCAUAGGACACCUUUUUUGGGUGAGAAAUCUGAGGUUCAGGAACAUACUAAACAGGAGUUCUCACCUAGUCUCUUUAGUUUGGAAUUGCUUUUGAAGUUCUUAUCACCAAAGAUACUCUUUCCUCUCCUUAAAUUGGAUUCUGGUUGGCAUGUUGAUGCUCAGUAAAAAGAUGUCAGCUGUGUCACUGAAAUCAUCACAGUGGUGCUGUUUCAGUUCAUCCUCGAGGUUGGUAGUUGAUGGGCUUUGUGGCUUGUCAAAUUUUUUUGGAUGAGCUAGCGCGCUGCCUCUGGGGCAGUUCAGGGGCAAAGACACCAAGACGAGAUCAAUGCAUCAGUCCAGCAGCAGGCUGAUUGUCAGAAGGGUUGUCUUCCUCCUGCUGCCAUGAUGCUCAUAUGCCCAAUCCUAUUGUCCCCACCUCCCUGCUCACUUAGUUAAAAAUCCAAUCUUGCCGGCAUAUCUUCUGCUGAAUAAAUGGAGGAGCAUGUUGUUCCUCUGUUUACCAGUUUGGUUUGCACUUUUUUUUUUUUUGGUUUUGUUUUUGCCCCUAAUGUCUUCUGUUUGGAGAUACUCAAUUAUAUGCCAGAUUGAUGUAGAGAUGCGAAUAGAAAGACAGCCAACAAUGAUUGGUGAUGGCAGUGACAGUGAUGAAGCCAAUGAGUUGAUAAAUGAUGUGGUUCUUCGUGAGGAAUACUGCUGCUGUUUCUUUUUGCCGGCGACAUGUCAGGAGUGGACGUUGAUAAGGUCUGAAAUCUUGUAUAUCGCUGCCUUCAGCUAUGCAUGGACAAGAAAGAAGUUAUUGAUGCCCUCUCCUGUGAGGCAAAGAUAGAACAUAGUGUUACACAGCAUGGUAGUCGCUCUUACCUCAUGUCCCUGUAUAGCAAACUUGCAAGUUGAUCAGAGGUUUCAGAACUGGCUAGUAAUAGCAACUGCACAGCUCAUGCAUAGUUGGAUGGGUUGCCAUCUUGUUACAGUUAUGAUUAUGGAACUGUGGGCAUAUGCUGGUUCACACCAUAAAUAUGAUUUAGGUAGAAAUCAUGUCAUCAAUUUUGCAACAAGCACAGUUAUGUGUUGCCUAAAUAUACUUUUCCUUAUUCUGUCUUCUAACCUAUUAGAUUUGAGGAGGACUUGAUCAAAUAGAAAAGGAGCAUAACUAGCAAACAAUUUAUGUUUAUCUUGAUUUGCACCUCUAUAUUAUUUUUCUCACCGUUUUUAUUCUCUUUUUUAGGGAAUGCCAUUGUUAACAUAUUGUUGAUUUUCUUUGAGGCCGAUGCUUAAGAAUCAAAUAACAGCCUUCAACAAGAUUCUUGAGGUCCAGUUAAGGAUUGUAAAUAAAGAAUGCCAUAACUGGAGUAGUAAUCUUCGCUGAUCUUCUCAUAACUGGAUUUCCCCUUCCAGCGCUUGAGAGGAUUACCCAGGUACUAAUCAUGUUGGCGGUUCAGGAGUCUAAGGGAUAAUUUGCUGAUAUCUACUCCAGCAUUGUGGCUGGCGACCUUUUUCAUCUCCAGUGCAGUUUUGCAUGGUCGGGGAAUGGGAGGCUGGACUGGAUCCAAGCUCUGGUUUAGCGGUAUGAUCUCCCCUCUGCUUGGAAGCGGGUAAGAACGAUCUGAAUCAUAACCACUGAGAUCACCACAAGCCAAAAUGGGAUGCUAGACCUUGUUUGGUCCAUCUGGUCAUCCACUUGUGCAAUCUUCACAUGACAAAAUGGGAUGAGGCAUCCCGUGCCAUGUGUUGGGUUGGCAUUUUAGAAAUGACAUUUUACAUGUUAAGUUUUGUGCCAUUGCCUAAAUCAUCAGGCCAUGAAGGACUCCCCACUUUUGUAUAAAUCUUUCUCCUUAAUCUUCAGGAGCUCGAUAAUUCUCACAAACUGCAACUGUUGACAGGUAGAAAGGUGAUUAUAGAACCUCUCAAACAUAUCACAGGGACCAGGAACCAUGACAGGUAAAAAGCAAAUGCAACACCUGUUUACUAUGAAUGGCUCGUUUGGCAUCCAAUUAAACUGAUACGAAUGGUAGUGAAGAUUUGUAUUAAGAGUUGAUGAUAAAUAAACAAUGUGGUAAGUUGAUGUGUCAAUUUGUUCCCCUUAAAAAGAGUCUUUGCCGAUACUCGAGU